CCUUCUCCAGUGAGUUUGAUUUCUCUGAAUGUUUUCAUUUCGUUUUCUUCAAGUUUGCGAAGGAUUUAUAAUCACAUCCGACCUUUGAUGGAAUUCAUUGUGGUUUGACAUAGUGUGCAUAUACUGUCUGAUUUGAGCGCAAGCUACAAGGAAAAAAUGUCGAGUUGUUUCCAUCAGUGAUGAUAACUUCGGGAUAACUUGACAUGUAGGCUUACAAGUUCGGGCAAACUCCAUAUACGUGAAGAGCGAGCGCACUCACAACCGCAUAAACUUUCAUCCACUUGUAUAUAGCAUUGGUGUUUCAGCGCGUAUACUCCGUUCGAUGUUGUCUGCCGGUUGCCUGCUGCAUAAAUUUUGGAAUAUAUCGUGAUCGUGGGAAAAAAAUUUAUCAUCUGACUCGGAGCACUUAUGAGACUAACAUAGAAAACUGGUCGAUGUAUGAACUGUUUUCGACUCGUGGACCAUGGCUUUGAACAGGUUGUUGAUGCUUUGUGCAGUGGUUUAUUGCAGUCUGUGUCAGCUGUCUUCUGGAGGUAUUCUCCCGGGGGAGCUGCGGGGAGAUGGCGGUGUGGAUGUGGGGUAUUUGGAUGGGGUUCAUGAGGCUAGUAGGUUGACAAUGGAGAGGCAUGCUAGAGCAUCAGGAUCAGUGAUUGAGACGCCCAAAUGCAGAGGGGGAAUUGAUUUAUAUUUUGUCUUGGACAAAUCUGGAAGCGUCUCGGAGACACAUUUCCAGCAGCAGACUGUCAACUUCACAAUUGCAUUACUCGAUAGAUUCACAAGCUCCAAGGUGCGUGCAUCCUUUAUCACCUUUUCAGAAUUUGCUCAAGUCAUCACAAAGCUCACCAGUGACAGUGCUGCUCUUAUCAAGGGUAUAAAACGUCUUCGUACCGUUGUGACUGAUGGAGGAACAAAUCUCCAUCUUGGUAUCGAGAGGGCAAAGAGACAAAUCUUAGCAUCAGGUGGUGAUAAAGCUAGUGUGAUAAUAACAUUGACAGAUGGACGGCUCGAUGAUGUACAAGAAUCCAUCCAACAGGCUAAUAUAGUUCGAAAUCUUGGAGCUCGUGUCCUUGCUGUACGUGUAGGAGAUAGCGAUAUCAACGACCUAAUCGACGUCGCCGAUAAACCGACAUCUCAACACAUAUUCAGAGGCGAUACCUUCAAUGACCUUGACAGCGUUAUUGACCAGAUCGUCAAUACAUCCUGUGUCGAAAUCCUGUCUGCGUAUCCUACUGAAGUUUGUAUUGGAGAAACUUUCAACGUCACUAUCAGAGGGAAUGGUUUUACACGAACAAACGAUAACUCUAAAGUACUGUGUAACUUUCGACUUAAUGAUACCGAUAAUCAAGAGGUUUCGCCGUAUUCAGUAACUGACAGUGAGUUGGUUUGUGCAGCGCCACACAUAGAGGAAGAUGGGAGUUUUGUGGUGCUCCAAGUUUCGGUGAAUGGAAAGACCUUUAUAUCGAGUAAUGUUACUAUUACUGGCUCGACUUGCACACCGCCCAAUGUAACUGGUAUUGUCUUAGGCUUGUUAUUCGCUCUUCUUGCUAUUGGUCUAUUCCUUCUCUGGUGGUUCUGGCAGCUCUUAUGUUGUGUGAAUUGUACGAGUUGUCGUGAAGCCUCCGCCCCUCCCCCUUCUCCCCCUGCCUCGCCCACCAAUAAGAAGUGGCCAACAGUAGACGCGUCGUACUAUGGUGGAGGCGGAGUAGGAGGGAUAAAAGCCAUGAGGGUGAACUGGGGUGAGAAUGGCUGCACGGAGGCGGGGUCCCACCUUGAGAAAGCUAAAAACGCCAAGACUUUAGCAAUUAACGAGGAAUCAAACGGAGCCCUCUUAGGAUCAAAUGGAAGGAUGUCAUGUCUAGAAGGACUCAAGAAAAAGCUUGCACAAUGUUUUGCACCAGUGAAAGCAUUAUAUGACAGAAUAGCAGUCAAAAGACCUGCACCGGGUCAAAAGGGUUACUGCUGUGCAGUCCAGCGCUGAGGGCCACGAUCAUCGAAGUUCAAGUUACGAGGCUCGGAAUGUCGUAAUCUUGGAUCAAACUAUUUGCAAUACUUGGAUACAUUCACAAUGUCACGAUGUAUAUAUUUUUUUAGAACUUGUGAUAAUCACCAAAACACCCCUUUUAUCAGGAAAACCAUUCCUAAGAAUAUUAUAGUAGCUACAGAUUGUGUUAAGUUUAUUUUAGAAAGCUAGGCUGUUGUGAAGUUUAUAUAAACUCAUCCUCGGUUGAAUAAUAAAUUUAUGGCUGUAUGUUUUAUGCUAAAAUAUCAAUUAGUUGCAAAGAAAUUGGAAUUCAUAUUAUUAUAUCAUUGUCUUGAUAUUGGCUUUGAUUUUAAAUAUCAUUCCUAUUCCUUAUUAUUGCUGUCAUCACAUCUAUGUGACCAUUUCAACACCACUUGCAUUUUGUAUGUGCUAACAAUAUUAUUAGCAUAGUCAUGAAAUUUAAAUAUAUUAUAUUUAAGUAAUCUCCCAUAGCCUACAGUUGAUGCUUAUGAUGUGAAUACAUUGUCAAAAGAAUAUUUUUGUACAUAUGCAGAAUAAUAUUGUACAUACUUUUGUAAGAUAUGUUUUUUUCUAUGUAGGUAAUAUUUCUAGCAUUUAUUACUGUACAUUACAUUCAUCAUAUUCUAUACUACUGAAUAAUAAUGGCCACCUGUUAAGUGUUUUAAUAAUGAUUAUCUACAAGACCUUGUCACGCCUUAUGCACCAGCUAGAAGCCUGAGAUCAUCACACCAGCAACUUCUUAAGACUCCCAAGACACGUGUAGCAAAUGGUGCAUGAGCUUUCUC